UAAAACUUUACGAAAAAGUGAAAGAAAGGCCAGCCACAAUGGACCAUUCGGCCAUGGUGCCCAACCGAAAAUUUCCUCUAUAAAUACAAAUGCACUGGAUGUUAAAUUAUUAUUCAAAGCACAGCCCUCAGAGAAGGAGUACAUCGCGUCCACAGCUUAGUUACCCAUCCAAACACCAAAACCCUUCACAUAAACUGCAAAAUGGCUUUCAAGUUGCUCGCUUUGGUCUCUCUGGUUGCUGCCGUCUCCGCUGGCGUGAUUCCUGUGGAACACCACGAACACCUGGAACCACAGCUCUACCACGCUGCAGUGUCUCAGCCACAGCAUGUGAUCUACCAGAAGCCCCACGACAUUCACGCCCACGCCCACGCCCAUGAGGUCUAUCCCGACGAUCCUCAUCCCAAGUACAACUUUGCCUACGAUGUGCAGGAUGCUCUCUCCGGCGACUCUAAGAGCCAGGUUGAAUCCCGCGAUGGAGAUGUUGUCCAGGGCGAAUACUCGCUGGAUGAUGCCGAUGGCUUCCGUCGCACUGUCAAGUACACCGCUGACUCUGUGAACGGCUUCAACGCUGUCGUGCACCGUGAACCUCUCGCUCAUGUCCACCACAAAGUGGUUGCUGCCGCUCCAGUUGCUCCCGUGCAGUAUCAUCAUGCUGCCCCAAGUGCUGUGCUGAAGACUCCAGUGUCGUAUGCUGCCCCCGCUUAUGUGGCUCCCACCUAUGCUGCUCCCUCUCACUACGAGCACGAGCCACAGCACUACGAACACGAGCAGCAGCAGCAUCAAGCUCAGCACUAUGCCAGCUAUGAGACUCCUGCCCCAGCCAGCCAUGAUGCCAGCGACUACUACCACCAUUAAGGCCGAAGCGUGCACCGAUGAAAGUAUUAUUUUGCAUCUCCCCAUUCCAUGUACUCAUUGCCCCCAAACACAUUCCUCUAGUGCCCUAAGAUCUUUGUUAAAUAGUUCUAUUGUAAAUAUUUCAAUAUA